UUGUUGCUCGGCAGCAGACGCACUUCCUGUCUGUCUCACACGUAAACGCUGCUUUACCAGAAUAUUCUUUCACUCUCGGGACCUGAGGGACGGAUGAAAGCAGCUUCAACUGACUCCUGGCUCCUGUUCCCAACAGAAAGGAAUCCUGACUGUGAGGGAGCUCUUCUGGUCUGAGGUCGUCUCAGCAGCAGGUCCUCCUCCUCCUCCUCCUCCUCCUCCUGCAGCACUUUUACAGAAAGAAUAAAGGAAGAGUUUCUGCACAGUGAAGAGAAUUUCACUGAUCGGCCCUCCAGCGUUCAGGAAUCAUGAAGGUGGCGUCGUUCAACAUCCAGAAGUUUGGAAGGAGCAAAGUGUCGGAUCCAGAAGUCCUCAAGAUCCUGAUCAAGAUCGUGUCUCGGUAUGAUAUCAUCGUGAUCCUGGAGGUGGUGGACGCCAGCGGAGAGUCGGUCAAAACCUUCAUGGAAGCUCUCAACCACGCCAACAGGAGGCAUCACUACACCCUGAAGAUCAGCACUCGGCUGGGACGCACGCGCUACAAGGAGCAGUUCAUGUUCCUGUACAGGGACGACCUGGUGGACUUGGUGGGCAGCUAUCAGUUUGACGAUGAGAAGACUGGAGAAGGAGACGUUUUUGCCAGAGACCCCUACAUCCUGAGGUUCCGGUGCCUCAACACAGUGCUGAAAGACCUGGUCCUGAUCCCGGUUCACACCAAGCCGGAGGACUCAGACAAGGAGCUGGACGAGCUCUACGACCUCUUCCAGCACGUGAAGAGGAAGUGGAGGACUGACAACAUCAUGAUCCUGGGCGACUUCAACGCCGACGGCUCCUACGUGUCCAAGAAAGACAUGAAGACCAUCCGGAUCCGCAGCGACCACAACUUCCACUGGCUGAUCGGGGACGACGUGGACACGACGGCGAGCACCGGGAACAACCACUCCUACGACAGGAUCGUGAUCUACGGAGACGACAUGCUCCAGGCGGUGGUGCCUCAGUCCGCCAAACCCUUCAACUUCCAGACGGCGUACAGGCUGAGUGAAGAGCAGGCUCUCAGAGUGAGCGACCACUAUCCCGUGGAGGUGGAGCUGAAGUCCCUGACGGAGGCCCCGGACGAUGGAGACGGACCUGCAGACUGGGAGCCGCCGCGGUCCCAGAGGCUGGUGGUCGUCGGCGAGGAUCUGCUGGAGAUGAAGAAGGAGAACCUGCUCCUGGAGAGGGAGAAGCUCAGCCUGGAGAUCCAGAUCCUGCGCCUCAAGAUGGCGAAGAUGAAGCCCUGAGACGAGGUUUCAUGAAACCUCUGGCAGGACACUGAGCUCCGUUUACACCCAGAACCUCCCUGACCCGACCCAACCGGAGCAGUUCUGGUUCUGGUUCGAUUAUACCUCAUCCUGAAACCCUCAACCCCGUUUACACCAUGACUUCUUCACGUGGAAACGCAAAAAUUCCGUUGCAUUUUGGAUUGUUUUUAUACGACGAUGGUGCUAGGAGCCACUGGAGACACAACUUUUUGAAAAAUGGCCCCCGAGGUGUAACCAAGGGGGAAAAAGGCAGCAGUUGAGCACAUGCUCAGUAGACGGACAAGAAGUAUAUUUUCCUACAGAAUGUCAUAACUCCCAGUCCAGGUCCUCCUGAUCCUGGUUCCAGUCCAGGUGCUCCUGAUCCUGGUUCCAGUCCAGGUCCUCCUGAUCCUGGUUCCAGUCCAGGUUCUCCUGGUAGUUUCAGAGUUGACCGUCACCUUAACAACAAUCUAACUUGGUGUUCUGUUCUUGAGAAAAUCCUCUUACUCCUGAAUGUUUCUCGCUGUUCCUCUCUGCUUGCAUGAGUUUGGCUUUAUUGCAAAUCCAACCAGCAGCACCCACUAGUGGCCCAACAUGCUAACUACACAUGGUUCAUUCUUUCCACUUGAAAAGUUGUCUUGUUCAUGAGGUCUUAAACUGCUGCUUAUAUGUUCAGAUAUUCAAAAAGACUGUUCACUGAAUGACUGCAUAGUGACUGCUCUAGUUUUCACAUUCUGAAAUAAGUUAUCACAAAUGGUUCAUUUUUCAAAGUUUUGGUCUUUAAAGUUCAAUCUGAGUAACCACCAGCCUUCACGCUGGACCUGUUUUUUACAGACGGACACACUUGACAGAUGUUUGUAAAUUCAGCCAACCGGCAGAUUAACACUCUUGCAAUAAAGGUGGAAGUUACACAACCGAUGGUUUUGUUGAGCAGGAUUAUAUUCAACACAUUUGAACCACUUAAUCUCAAGUGAUUUUCAAAACAUAAUCUAGAUUACCUUGUAAAAACUGUGUUCCCAUGUUAAACUAACCACACUUCUUGUCGUUUCUCUUGACAUUGUGAAACCUAAACUAAGAGUUCGUGAAAUUUAAAAUGAGGACUGAAAAAGAAACUCAAAUUUGUUUCAGAUUUUUAAAAAAAAAAUUGAGAUGACUUUGUUCAGCUUCACAUGCUCUGGCAGUUUCCAUUGUAUUUAAAAAGCUUAUUCUGAUUAUAAAUAUUCAAAAAUAGACAAAGCAAAAAGUAACCGAGUUCUAAGAUAUCCCUCCGCUGGAGGUGAAGACCGAACCCAAAGUGCCACCUGGGGGAAACAUUAAAAAAAAAAAAAAAAAAAAAA